AUGGAAGUUGACUCUACACAUUGGAACAGGAUCACGCUCCUUCGGCGUCUUCUGCGAAUUUUUCUCAUUGGAGUCAGCGACUACAAAAAUGCUUCCAUUGACGAUUUAUUUUCCCCUUACCUUAUUCCGUCGCUUAAGCAGGAUAUGCGGCGCAAAGUUGAACGUGAACUUGGUGUCAACAUUGCACAGCUUGAAGAUGACUUGUUUGGCACUAACGAUGCACUUGGGUCUAACGAUCAGGCCUCCCCAGACACUCCAACAGGUAAUGGUCAUGCGCCCAGUGCUAGGAGGAUUGAGGAUGGUGCCAACAUGGAUGAUGAAGAGCUCGAGGACCAAAGUGGAGCGCAGCUGGGUGGUGGGGAUGCUAAUGGAGAGGAAGAGGAAUUGAAUGGACUCAGGAACAGUGUCGAAACUACCGCAGUCUUACUAGAUGAUCCAAUGGACUCCGGAUUUGGACUGGUUGAAGGUACUCCAGCACGGUACACCAAUACCAUCAGAUUCUGGAACUUUGUCGACCACUCGCUCUUAGUCAUGCGCCAAAUAUCUAAGGAAGCCUCCUUGAUUCCCGCUGAGCAAGAGAAGGAGUUGCAGAAGUUGUUCAUUGAAAUAUUCCAAGCUGAUCUCGCCAAGUUUCCUGGUGGCAAGAAGGUCUCGAAGUUAAUUUCGAGGACAAAUCCUCGUUGGCAGACUGCUAUUCAGACCAAGCUUAUUUGGACCACCUAAUAUUUCCAUUCAUUUUCAC